GUCAGUUUGUUUAGAGUCCACUUCCUGCUUUCACUCUUCCCUAUGUGAGUGGCCUAACAAGUUAGUUUUUUGUGAAUCAUGUUCACAGUGUUCUAGAAACAGUGUGAAUGUAAGUGAACCAGAUCUUAGGACUGUGACCCUUGAUAGCUCAUGGGAGGACAGAGGUCUGACCUUCUAGCACUGAGACCACCAACUGGGAUGCAGCUUUUCUGUGUGAGCAUCAAGACCCUUCUUCUCUCAGUUCUGCUUCCCUGGCCAGGUGCAGGGCAAUUUCAUGAGAUAGGACCAAGAGCACCAGUCAUUGCUGUGGUUGGGGAGGAGGCUGUGUUGUCCUGUCACCUCAGCCCAUCAAUGGAUGCUCAAGACAUGGAGGUGACAUGGUACCGAAAUGAUCUUUCAGGCCUGGUACAUCAAUAUAGGACUUCCCAGGAUCAUUUGGACCACCAGAUACCAGAGUACCAAGGGAGGACAGAGUUCCUGAAGGACAAUAUUACCAAAGGGCACGUUGCCCUAAGGAUCUACCCCAUCCGACCUUCAGAUGGAGGGGAAUAUGGGUGUUCUUUGAAAGCUCCACAUUCUACAGUGAAGUACAAUUUGAAAUGUUGGUCACAGAAAAUUCACUUUUGACAAUGACCCAAAGCCAUUCUACUCCAGCCCUUGAGAGAGAGAAAGAAUGAAGGAAAAAGUAUAUCUCCUUCCUUUGAGGGAAAUAUUCUAGAAGGCACACACAUCAUCUCCCUUUUACAACAGUUACACCAGCAUAUCAAGGCUACUCCUAAAUUCUCAGGUAUGGCUCCUCAUAUUCACAUUGAGCCUGGCAAUAACAGAGACAUUAAGAUGACCUGCAUAUCCACUGGGUGGUUUCCAGAGCCUGAGAUACAAUGGAAGGACCCUCAAGGAUUGCACUUGGCACCAGCCUCUGAGACAAAGAGAAUAGAAGAAAAUGGACUGUUUCAUGUGGAAUCAUCUAUCACAAUGGAUAGAAGUUCAAGAACAGAAGUAUCUUGUGUUAUAAGGAACCUAAUACUCAAUGUGGAGAAGGUGGUGCUUGUCUCCAUGGCAGAUGCCUUGUUCCCCAAGGACUCACUUUGGGCAAUGUGGCUUACUCUUGUCCUGUUUCUCCUAGCUGUUGGUACAACCAUCUGUCUUCUACUUGUGUGUGCUAGAAAAUCCAAAGGUAAACUCCAGGAAGAACAUGACCUCUUAACUGAACAGAAAGAAGAAGAGAACGGUAAACUCCAGGAAAAAUAUGCAAAACUAGAAGAAGAGAACGGUACGUCCUAUUUAGUUUUCAACAUUCCACCCUUGAUGUUCUUUCAUUUUAAUAAAACAACAAAAUACAGACAUUGCAUUUAUGACCCAAACGCGUUUAGAAGCAGGUAAUAUAUCCUUCUGCUAUUUUUUAAAACGUAACCUAAGUAUUCAUAAGACAAGGAAUGAUGUAGGCCUAAAUGGAGAAGAAUGGGAUACAUCAUGUGGUGAGUUUGGGGCUGGGACUCAGGUGUUAAAUCUGCCCCAUUCAGUGAGGGCAGUCAUCUUUUCCGCAUAUAGUAAUUAGCUACCUAUUUCAUACUCAGUUCUUAAGAAACACUGAGGAAAAAAGACUCUCUUUUGCUAUGGAACUUGCUACCUUACGACAGAUGCAAAUUCCACAUUCAAAUAAUAAAGGUAAAACAAAUAUGGAAUAUGUUAUAGAAAAGGAUUCAUGAUGCUAUGAACACAUAAAAUAGAGUGGACUUAUUCAUGGGAUUGUGGAUUUGCUGAAAAGCAGCAAUGAAGAUGAGGCAAGUGGUAUUUCUUUAAUAUGAAAUUUAUUAUCAAGUUGGUUCCCAUACAACACCCAGUGUUCAUCCCAACAAGUACCCUCCUCAAUGCCCAUCACCCACUUUCACCGCCCUCCUACCCCCCAUCAACCCUCAGUUUAUCCUCAGUUUUUAACAGCCUCUUAUGGCUUGCCUUCCUCCCUUUCUAACUUUUUUCCCCUUCCCCUCACCCCCCCCCCCAUAGUCUUCUGUUAAGUAUCUCAGGAACCACAUAAGAGUGAAAACAUAUGGUAUCUGUCUUUCUCUGUAUGACUUAUUUCACUUAGCCUAACAGUAUCCAGUUCCAUCCACAUUGCUACAAAAGGCCAUAUUUCAUUCUUUCUCAUUGCCACGUAGUAUUCCAUUGUAUAUAUAAACCACAACUUCUUUAUCCAUUCAUCAGUUGAUGGACAUUUAGCCUCUUUCCAUAAUUUGGCUAUUGUUGAAAGUGAUGCUAUAAACAUGGGGGUAGAAGUGUCCCUAUGCAUCAGCACCCCUGUGUCCCUUGGAUAAAUUCCUAGGAAUGCUAUUGCUGGGUAUAGGGUAGAUCUAUUUUUAAUGUUUUGAGGAACCUCCACACUGUUUUCCAGAGCGGUUGUACCAGUUUGCAUUUCCACCAACAGUGCAAGAGGGUUCCCGUUUCUCCACAUCCUCUCCAGCAUCUAUAGUCUUCUGAUUUGUUCAUUUAGGCCACUCUGGCAGGCAUGAGGUGAUAUCUCACUGUAGUUUUGAUUUGUAUUGCAAUGAUGAUUACUGACUUUGAGCAUCUUUUCAUGUGUCUGAUGGCCACCUAGAUGUCUUCUUUAGAAAAGUGUCUAAUCAUGUCUUCUGCCUAUUUCCUCACUGGAUUAUUUGCUUCUCAGGUGUGUAAUUUGGUGAGUUUUUUUUUUUUUAUAGAUUUUAGAUACUAGCCCUUUAUCCUAUAAGUCAUUUGCAAAUAUCUUUUUCCCACUCCAUAGGUUGCCCUUUGUGGUUUUGAUUUGUAUUUCCCUGAUGAGGAGUGACAUUGAGCAUCUUUUCAUGUGCCUGUUGGCCACCUGGAUGUCUCUUUUAGCGAAGUGUCUAUUAAUGACUUCGUCCCAUUUCUUCACUGGAUUAUUUGUUUUUCAGGUGUGGAGUAUGGUGAGCUCUUUAUAGAUAUUGGAUACUAGCCCUUUGUCCAAUAUGUCAUUUGGAAAUAUCUUUUCCCGUUCUGUUGGUUGCCUUUUAGUUUUGCUGAUUGUCUCCUUUGCAGUGCAGAAGGUAUUCAUCUUCCUGAGGUCCCAAUAGUCAUUUUUGCUUUUAAUUCUCUUGCCUUUGGAGAUGUGUCAAGUAAGAAAUUGUUGAGGCUGAGGGGUUUUCCUGCUUUCUCCUCUAGGGGUUUGAUGGUUUCCUGCUGCACAUUCAGGUCCUUCAUCCAUUUUCAAUUUAUUAUUGUGAAUAGUGUAAGAAAGUGUUGUUUCAUCCUUCUGUAUGUUGCUGUCCAGUUUUCCCAACACCAUUUGUUAAAGAGACUGCCUUUGUUUAAUUGGAUAUUCCUUCCUGCUUUGUCAAAGAUUAGUUGGCCAUACUUUUGUGGGUCCAAUUCUGGAGUCUCUAAUCUAUUCCAUUGGUGCAUGUGUCUGCUAUUGUGCCAAUACCAUGCUGUCUUGAUGAUUACAGCUUUGCAUUAGAGGCUAAAGUCUGGGAUUGUGAUGCCUCCCACUUUGUUCUGCUUCUUAAAUAUUACUUAGGUUAUUCCAGGUCUCUUGUGGUUCCCUACAAAUUUUAGGAUUCCUUGUUCUAGCUUAGAGAACAAUGUUGGUGUAAUUUUCAUUGGGAUUUCAUUGAAUGUGUGGAUUGAUUUGGGUAGUAUCGACAUUUUAACAGUAUUUAUUCUUCCAAACCAUGAACACGGAAUGUUUUUCCAUUUCUUUGUAUAUUCUUCAAUUUCCUUCAAGAGCUUUCUACACUUUUCAGCAUACAGACCUUUCACAUUUUUUGGUGAGGUUUAUUCCUAGGUAUUUUACGAUUCUUGUAAUUUUGAAUGGGAUAAGUUUCAUUCUUUGUCUUUCCGUUACUUCAUUUUUAAUGUAUAAUAAUGCAACUUAUUUCUGUACAUUGAUUUUUUUAUCCUGCGACUUUGCUGAAUUAAUGUAUCAGUUCUAGCAGGCUUUUGGUGGAGUCUAUUAGGUUUUCCAUGUCAUCUGCAAAAAGUGAAAGCUUGACUUCAUCUUUGCCUUUUUUUAUGACUUUGAUUCCUUUUGUUGUCUCAUUGCUGAUGCUAGAACUUCCAACACCAUAUUAAACAACAGCGGUGAGAGUAGAUAUCCCUGACGUGUUCCUGAUCUCAGGGAGGAAGCUCUCAGUUUUCCCCCAUUGAGGAUGUUAUUAUCUCUGGGUUUUUCGUAAAUGCCUUUUAUGAUGUUUAAGUAUGUUCCUUCUAUCCGACUUUCUCAAGGGUUUUUAUUAAGAAAGGAUGCUGAAUUUUGUCAAAUGCUUUUUCUGCAUUGAUUGGCAGGAUCAUAUGGUUCUUUUCUUUUCAUUUAUUAAUGUGAUGUAUCACAUUGAUUGAUUUGAGAAUGUUGAGCCAGCCCUGCAGUCCAGGAAUGAAUCCCACUUGAUCAUGGUGAAUAAUAUUUUUUAUAUGCUGUUGAAUUUGGUUUGCUAGUAUCUUGUUGAGAAUUUUUGCAUGCAUAUUCAAUAGGAAUUUUGGCCUCUAGUUCUCUUUUAUUGCUGGGUCUCAGUCUGUUUUGGGGAUCAAAGUAAUGCUGGCUUCAUAGAAUGAGUCUGGAAGUUUUCCUUCUCUUUCUAUAUUUUUGAAAAUCUUGAGAAGGAUAGGUAUUAUCUCUACUUUAAAUGUCUUGUAGAAUUCCCCAGGGGAGACUUCUGGCCCCGGACUCUUAUUUGUUGGGAGAUUUUAGAUAACUGACUCAAUUUAUUCACUGGUUAUGGGUCUUUUCAAGUUUUCUAGUUCGUCCUGUUUGAGUUUUGGAAGUGUGUGGGUGCGUACGAAUUUGUCUGUUUCUUCCAGCUUGUCCAGUUUGUUGGCAUAUAGUUUUUUGCAGUAUUCCCUGAUAAUUGCUUGUAUUUCUGAGGGAUUGGUUAUAAUAGUUCAAUUUUAAUUAAUGAUUUUAUCUAUUUGGGUCUUCUCCCUUUUCUUUUUGAGAUGUGUGGCUAGAGGUUUAUCAAUUGUUCAUUUUUCAGAAAAUAAACUCUUGGUUUCAUUGAUCUACUAGAGUUUUUUUUUUUUUUUUUUAGAUUCUAUAUAGUUUAUUUCUGCUCUGAUUUUUAUUUCUUUUCUUCUUCUGGGUUUGGGUGUCUUUGCUGUUCUGCUUCUAUUUCCUUUAGGUCUGCUGUUAGAUUUUGUAUUUGGGAUUUUUCUUGUUUCUUGGGAAAGGCCUGGAUUGCAAUGUGUUUUCCUAUCAGGACUGCCUUUGCUGUAUCCCAAAAACUGUUGGAUUGUUGUAUUUUCAUUUUAAUUUGUUUCCAUACAUUUUUAAUUUCUUCUCUAAUUGCCUGGUUGACACAUUCAUUCUUUAGUAGGGUGUUCUUUAACCACCAUGAUUUUAGAGGUUUUCCAGGCUUUUUCCUGUAGUUGAUUUCAAGUUUCAUAGCAUUGUGGUCUGAAAGUGUGCAUGGCAUGUUCUCAAUUCUUUUAUACUUAUUAAGGGCUGUUUUGUGUCCCGGUAUGUGAUCUAUCUUGGAAAAUGUUCCAUGUGCACUGGAGAAGAAAGUAUAUUUUGUCCCUUUGGGAUGCAGAGUUUUAAAUAUAUCUGUCAAGUCCAUCUGACCCAAUGUAUCAUUCAGGGCCCUUGUUUCUUUAUUGAUCCUGGUAGAGAUGAUCUAUUCAUUGUUGUGUGGGGUAUUAAAGACCCUGCAGUUACCACAUUCUUAUCAUUAAAGUUGCUUAUGUUUGUGAUUAAUUGUUUUAUAUAUUUGGGGGGUUCCUGUAUUCGGCGCAUAGACAUUUAUGAUUGUUAGCUCUUCCUGAUGGAUAGACUCUGUAAUAAUUAUAUAAUGACCUUCUUCAUUUCUUGUUACAGACUUUAAUUUAAAGUCUAGUUUGUCUGAUAUAAUUAUGGCUACUCCAGCUUUCUUUUGACUUCCAGUGGCAUGAUAAAUAGUUCUCCAUCACCCACUUUAAAUCUGAAAGUGUUCCCAGGUCUGAAAUGAGUCUCUUAUAGACAGCAAAUAGAUAAGUCUUGUUUUUUAUCCAUUCUGAUACCCUGUGACUUUUGACUGGAGCAUUCAUUCCAUUUACAUUAAGUGUUAUUAUUCAGUGUUAAAGAUAUGGGUUUGGAGUCAUUGUGAUAUCUGUAGGUUUCAUGCUUGCAGUGAUGUCUCUGGUACCGUGUGGUGCUUACAACAUUUCACUCACAGAGUCCCCCUUAGAAUCUCUUGUAGGGCUGGUUUAGUGUGAUGAAUUCUUUCAGUUUUUGUUUGUUUGGGAAAACCUUUAUCUCUCCUAUUCUGAAUGACAACCUUGUUGAAUAAAGGAUUCUGGGCUGCAUUUUUUUUUUCUACUCAUCACAUUGUAGAA